CACCAAGCUCGAUGACAUCACGAGGUUCUGGAACGCUGUGACUGUAAAUUCGAUUGUGUCCGUUUCUGGCGGGAAAAUGUAGCGAGCGGAGGAGUUACCAUCAGAAAGAGAGGAGGAAGCAAGUGUCCCAGUGGGGCAAUGUCAGCCUGACUGCUGGGACUUGGGGCUGAGCUGGCCGCAAACACUGUGUAUAUAGAAGCCUAUUCAUGCCCCUCACCCUGCCAUGGUGUUCCUCCGGGAGGGGAUAUGUCCCGGAGCCACCGCCCAGCUCAUCCAGGCUUUAAAAGACCAGAAUGUAGUAACAGUGAUGCACUUGGUGUCUGCAGAUGUUGAAGACCUGGCACAGAAAUGUUCUGUUUCCUACAAGACACUGGUCGCUGUGAGGCGUGUGCUACUUGCCCAGUAUUCCCCAUUCCCUUCCAACGGUGCUGAUCUCUACGAGGAACUUCUAGGUUCCACGGCCAUCUUGUCAACAGGAAACCAGAAAUUGGACUCGUUGCUGGACUCGGGCCUUUACACUGGAGAGCUGACAGAGUUUGUUGGAGCGCCAGGCACUGGAAAGACACAGGUGUGCCUCAGUUUAGCAGUGAACAUAUCGUGUGAGCUGAAGCAGAAAGUCCUCUACAUUGAUUCGACUGGGGGACUGACUGCCUCUCGUCUCCUGCAUCUGAUUCAAAACCAGGUUGACGGCGUGGAAGGACAGAGUGAAGCUCUCCAGAGGAUAGAGGUGGUGCGUGUGUUUGAAGUGUACCGAUUGCUGGACAUACUGCAGGACCUCAGGAUGAGUUUCACACGCCAGGUGUCGGGCGCUCGCAGUUCAGUAAAAGCUGUUGUGAUCGAUUCUGUCUCCGCUGUACUCUCCUCCAUUUUGGGCGGUCACCAGCUGGAAGGCAUGUCUCUCAUGAUGCAGCUUGCGAGGGAAUUGAAGACUAUGGCCAGAGAGCUGGGUGUCGCUGUAAUAGUGACAAACUGUGUCGUCCAGGACACUGGUGGGGGUGUGAAGCCAGCUCUAGGACGCUCGUGGAGUUACGUUCCCAACAUUCGCAUCCUGCUCCAGCACAGGACAGAAGGAGUGGGUCCGCAUUCCGGGAAGCGCAGUGCAACUAUACUGAAAUCAUCUCGGCAGCCUACCAAAAUAAGCACAGAGUUUGACAUCACUUCCUAUGGAACACUGAGCAACCAAGCUGCUUCUUCUCAACACCCUGCUGGUGAUCUUGGCAGCAACUAAUAAAGCCUGGCUGGACCUUCUGUAAAUGUGGAGCUGUGUUUAAAUGUUUCUAUUACAAUGAUUGCAUAAAGAAAAGUUUGAUGAAGAUGAGGCCAUUACCUCCCCUCACCUUUUGAAGACUGGGAACAGUUCCAUGGCUGCCAAUUGUCCUUAUCUAGUGCCCAUUCUUUCUGUUGUGGCUGCAGAAGAGUCAGCCUCCCUCCUUGUUAUGAGCAAAUGGCCUGUGAGAGGUAGCAUUCAGAUGUUGGAAAUCUCAAGAACCUAUAUAGUGGUGACCCUCAUGUAUCCAGGUGUGACAGCAAUGCACCGUGCAGUUAGGUUUUAUUAAAAUUAUUGUUUUCAGGCCACAGCUUUAAAGACCUUGAGGUCUGGAUGCGACAUGCAACUGUAAAAGGUACGGUGUUGUAGUAGAUUAAACAGUAAAUGCAUGGUUGCCUUCAUGCAGCAACAACAAACAAGUUGCAUUUAUAUAUAUCACCAGUGUAAGGUUACAUUUUAUAGCCUGCAUACUGUGUCCAUAGUCUUGCCAGAGGGAAUUGUUGGGCGGUCUUCUCCUGGCACAUUAUAAGGCAAUCAAAACAACCUUGAGCCCAUGUGCACUAAAGGGUGCUGUUGACAUGCAGUGCUCUCCAGCUACUUUUGAGCACUCAGCCUUUCUCUCCUUGGGAGUGGGUGACCUGGAAUGCUGAACAGACCAGCUCUCCUUUAGUUGGGGAUUCAGCUACAUUAAUGAUGCCAGCCAAUAUGAUUGUGAUUAAAGAACAAUAACCAUAUAAUCUACAAUAUAUUCUAUUCAGGUGCAGCAUGAUCCCUUGAGGCUACAUGGACAUAGCAAUAUUAUCCUGAAAUUUGCAGUCCCUGCCUAAUACUGUCGCUUCUGUAUAAUUGAAGUGUAAAUACAUUUAAUUAAUUAUGUUAGCCUGUGUGGCUGAGUAUUGAAUGUGCUUCCCACAUUGGAAUUGAAAGGAAACAGACUUAAAUCCCAAUGCUUGGGAAACUGACCCAAUGCUGGGUCAAUUGUUAGAUAUCAGGUCGGGCACUGGAGAUGUAUACUCCCCAUUCUACUGCUAAGGGGCUAACAGUGGCUUAAGCUCCAAACUUGAAGUGAUCUCAUAGUGUGCGAUUCUUGCAACAGCCACAAAGUGGAAUCUGUAAUCAUUUUUUAAAAAUUAAAAUGUAUUAAAAUUAAAGUUUAAAAAA